AUGAGUCGAAAGGCGAAACCAUGGAAGUUGCAUCAAGCUUCCCCAAAUCCAUCUGUCAUUUCUUUUCUGGUCUUCGCUAUUUCACCAAUCUCAUCUGCGACAUGUCCUUCCACCAAUAAGCUUCCCUUAUCUAUUCCUCAACGACAAGCACAGAAGCUUAUUAGAAACCUUAACCUCUGCCCAAAACAUUCCACCAACAUCGUAUCGGCUGACACGCUGUUUGUUCCCCAAGGGGAUAGGGUCGUUGAGACGAAGCUUAUAUUCCCUAAACUUGUUGCUCCUGGGCCUUCUGUUCAAGACUUCGGUCACCAUGCUGGCUAUUAUUCGCUUCCUAAUUCCAAAGCUGCAAGGAUGUUCUACUUAUUCUUUGAAUCUCGGAACAGCAGGAACGACCCAGUUGUGAUAUGGUUGACUGGAGGACCGGGUUGCAGCAGUCAGCUGGCUUUGUUUUAUGAGAAUGGUCCUUUUCAUAUUACGCAAAACUUAACUCUUUCGUGGAAUGACUAUGGUUGGGACAAGGUAUCAAAUAUUAUAUUUGUAGACCAACCCGUUGGGACAGGGUUCAGCUACUCUUCUGACCAAAGUGACAUUCCCCAUGAUGAAGAGGGUGUUAGCAAUGCCUUGUUUGACUUUUUGCAGGCAUUCUUUAAGGAGCACCCUCAAUUUAGGAAGAACGACUUUUAUAUUGCUGGAGAAUCAUACGCGGGACACUAUAUUCCGGUUCUUGCUUCCCGGGUGCAGAAAGCAAACAAGGCAAACGAAGGAAUUCAUAUAAACCUUAAGGGAAUCGCUAUUGGGAAUGGACUGACCAAUCCUGCAAUUCAGUACCCAGCAUAUACGGACUUCGCAUUGGAGAAUGGCUUGAUCCAAAAAGAUGAUUACGACAGGAUCAAUCAGUUAAUCCCUUCAUGCUCGCAGUCAAUACAAGCUUGUGGGAGGGAAGGUGGAGAUGCUUGCUUGUCUUCUUACACGGAUUGCCAAGCAAUAUUCGGGCAGAUAUUAAGUGUGACAGGCAACAAUAUUAAUUAUUAUGACAUAAGGAAGGAAUGUGAAGGAGAACUGUGCUACGACUUCUCAGGCGUAGAGAGACUGUUAAACGAGAGGGAAGUGAAGGAAGCGCUUGGUGUGAAUGAAGAGUUGGAGUUUGUGUCAUGCAGCAGUGAAGUGUAUGAUUCGAUGGCGCAGGACUGGAUGAGGAAUCUGGCAGUGGGGAUCCCUGCUCUUCUGGAGGAUGGUAUUAAGGUGCUUGUGUAUGCUGGCGAACAGGAUCUCAUCUGCAAUUGGCUUGGGAAUUGGAGAUGGGUUCACGCGAUGAAGUGGUCGGGUCAGAAACAGUUCGGGGCGUCUCCUAACGUGACGUUCCUGGUUGAUGGCAAACAGGCAGGAACACUAAAAACCCACGAACCCCUCACUUUCCUCAAGGUGACUGAGGCUGGGCAUAUGGUCCCUAUGGAUCAACCCAAAGCUGCGCUGGAGAUGCUCACCCGCUGGAUGCAAGCCAAAUUAUCCUCCACAUCAAAACCAAUCUAA